AUGAGGUUCAUGUUCAUCAUUACCUUGUUGUUCUUAUCAUUGCAAAGAGCCAACAUUUUGGCUGUGGCUGCCGCGUGGAAUGCAGUAGGAAAUGAAAAUCAAAUCAAGAAAACCUCAGGGGAUGAUGGGAAUGAAAACAAGGAAACUCCUAGACUUGAAAACUUCAGAACUUUGCUUGGACUCAAGUCACCCAACAGGUUUCAUACAAGAAGGUCUUGCUAUAGCGUUUUUUACUCUGACUUUGUCUCCCUCUCGGCUUCUCUGUCAUCCAAAACCCAAGCCGAGGCUCCGAAUUCGGAGCUGCACGUGCAUCCUGGUUCCUAUCAAUCACUUAGAAGCAUGCCGCUUCACAAGAUUCAACAACAAGAUAGAGGUAGCUCAAAUAGAACAACACUAGUAGCUGUUGUAGUAUCUGGUGGAGUUGCUACCUUAAUCUGUGCACUUGGGUGUGUCUGUGUUUGCAAGAGAUUUGGAAAUCAGAAAUGGAAACCCAAUAGGACAAUGCCACUCUUUAGCAAACACGGAAGAACAGGAGGUACGUGCCAUAAUUCAUCAAGCAAUGCGAGUUUAAACUUUGAUCCUGAUUUGCUUUCCUUGAAACAAACUUGUGGGACACAAAGCAGCACUUCAAGCCGUAGUUCCCUAAAACGUGCAAUUAAUGAGGAGAAAGUGUUGAAUCAAGAAGAACAUGACAAUGCCAGCACUGGCAGUUCUUCCACCAAGGAAACUCUAUCUGUUCACGAUGAUUUGGAAUAUGAUGGUGGCAAAGCUUCCUCUGCAGAAAGAACUGUCCCUGAAGAAUGUCAUUCAUCAUCAGAUUUCGAAAGUUUUCAUUCAUGUGUUGAAACAGAAUCACUGUUUCUUUCUCCUGGAAAUUUAAUUUCUGCGACAACUCAAUUUCCUUGUUCUUCUCACGGUUCAACUUCAAAGGUAGAAUCUAACCAAUCACCAUCCAUACCAAAAGACGAAGAGCAAAAGAGGAGUGGAACUUCUCAACCUAGCAUUCCUCCCCCGCCAAGUCCACCUCCGUUUUUGAAAGGAAACAUGAACAGUGUGAUCAAAACCCCACCUUCUCAACAACUGCCAAAACUCAAACCACUUCACUGGGACAAAGUAAGAGCCACGCCAGAUCGAACAAUGGUGUGGGAUACGCUUCGAACAAAUUCGUUUGAGUUGGAUGAGGAAAUGAUCGAGUCACUCUUUGGCUACAAUUUACAGAAUUCAACAAAGAACUACGAAACAAUAAGUAAAACCCUCUCCCCUAAGGAGCAUGUACUCGAGCCAAAACGGCUGCAAAAUAUAGCAAUACUCUCUAAAGCUCUAAAUAUCACGGCAGAAGAAGUGUGUGAAGCUCUAAUACUAGGGAAGGGUUUGUCUCUGCAACAACUGGAGGCACUGGUAAAAAUGGUACCAACGAAAGAAGAAGAGGACAAGCUAUUGAACUACAAAGGAUCUAUCAAUGAACUUGGGUUCGCUGAAAAUUUCGUGAGAGUAAUGCUUAGCAUACCAUUUGCUUUUCCACGAGUGGAAGCCAUGCUUUACAGAGAAACUUUCGAAGAUGAAGUUACUCACAUCAGCAACUCUUUCAAAAUGCUAGAGGAAGCAUGCAAGGAACUAAGGUCAAGCAAGUUCUUCUUGAAAUUGCUGGAAGCAGUGCUGAAAACAGGAAACCGCAUGAACGUGGGGACAACAAGGGGAGGUGCUAGAGCUUUCAAACUGGAUGCCCUUCUCAAGCUUGCUGAUGUUAAAGGAACAGAUGGUAAAACCACCCUGCUCCAUUUCUUUGUUCAGGAGAUAGUUCGCUCAGAAGGGACCAAAGCUUCAAAGAACAUCAUGGGACAGAAGAGUGAAAAGAGAACGGAGGAAGAGGAGGAAGAAGAUUAUAGAAGAAUGGGACUAAAACUUGUGUCUGGUCUUAGUGCUGAGUUAUGCAAUGUUAAAAAGACUGCGACAAUUGACUUAAACGUGCUUGUAAGUUCUGUCUCGAACUUAUCAAGUGGGUUGGCUAACAUGCAGAAGCUAGUAAAAGGGUUGUUGUGUGAAGAUGAAAAAAACAAGAGCUUUGUGAUUUCUAUGAAGUUGUUCCUGAAUUAUGCAGAAAGAAAGGUGCAAGAGUUGCAUGGAGAUGAAGCUAGAGUGAUGGGUCGGGUAAAAGAAGUAACAGAGUAUUUUCAUGGGGAUGUGAGUGACGAAGAGUCGAAUCCACUUCAAAUAUUUGUAAUAGUAAGAGACUUUCUGGGUAUGGUAAAUAAUGUGUGCAAUGAGCUUAAAAGGUCUAUCAAAUCCCCUCGCACUAUUUGGAUUUAGUAGAAAGCUUUCUCUUUCUUGUGUGUUUAUAUGCUUUGGUAUCAUGGCUAAUGUAAACCUUAUGUUUGGGAUUGAAUGUAUGUAUAUUUCUUUAAAAAUCAUUCACAAUUCAAAUACGAAUCUUUUAGGCUUUCUUUUCAA